AUGGAUCUCAAAUCCCACCCAGCUCUUAUGGUGACUAACAUCCGAAAUUUUGUUCCAUUUACUCUCGAAAUGGAAGGCGGCCAAUACAACUCUUGGGCUGAGUUGUUUAAGAUCCAUUGCAAAGCAUUUUUAGUUUAUGAUCAUAUCGAUGCUACUGCUACCCCUCCUACUGUCUCCACACCCAAACCCACACCAUUCGACAAAGAAGUAGCCACUCCAGAAACCAAACUCACUUCUCAGGAAGACGUUGACCUUUGGCAUCGUCUAGACGCCAUUGUUAUACAAUGGAUCUACAACACAAUAUCGAAUGAUCUUCUUCAUACUAUUAUCAAGACCAAUGCAACCGCUCUCGAGGCCUGGACGUCUCUUGAAGACAUUUUUCAAGACAGCAAGAAUGAACGGGCCUAUACCUUUAACACAAACUUGUCACCACAAGGUUGGAAAACUUUCCGAACAUGUUCGCGUAUUGUCAGGCUAUCAAGAUGCUCUCCGAUCAACUUUCAAACGUCGCAAAUUAACCCACUGCCCGGGUUUUAUGAGGUCCGUUCUCGCUUAUGCAUGGAAGAGUCUCAAAAAGCUAAUCAAGCCAAACAUGAAGCUGUCGGUUCCAGCACGGCUCUCACGGUUCAACAGCAACGCACAUCAGCUGAUAACCGAAACUAUGCACCUAGAGGCCCUGGUGGUCGUUACCGUGGGCAUGGAGGGCGCAAUGGCAACGGGGGACGCGGAAGUGGCCAACCCCCAUCAUAUGGUAGAGGUUAUAAUACGUUUUUUUCUUCUUAA